GUGGAUUGAGCAUUUCAAUACUUUCACAGUAUUUAUAUUGGACUUAAGCCUGCUUUAUCAUAAAAAAACAUGAAAAUCUCACUUUUUUGUAAUAUGCGACCUUUAACCAGUGCAGAGAGGUUAUGAAGCAGGUGCUUAUGUGCAACUCUAGCUGUGUAACAUUGAGUAUGAAAAACAAAGUUAAUAGCAACUACUCUCGAUCAAAAAGCCGCUAAGAUGCUAAGUAGGCUCUUAACUGUGACACAAAUCCCCAAAAUCCAUACUUAGGUCCAGAUGCGUUUAUGCUGUUUAUUAAACGAAAAGUAUUACAAGCAAUAACUGUGCUGAAAUAAAUAAAGUAGGACCUGACAGUCAAUAAAAUAUCGGAGCCUAACUUACCCUCUUUGUGUGAAUCCUGAUGUCCAAGUGAACAGCAUGUGUUGUUGUAGUGGAAUAUGUACCAGCUGACCCAGGUGACCCUUGGAGUGCCAAACUGAGUCUUUGUAGGGGAUGGAGAGGCUUAGUCAAUUAAAUCCAGAAGGCUGUAGUCGGACAACACAACAGGAAGAGGAGCAGGCACUCAGUCCAGAGUCUUACUGAAGUGUUGGAGAAAGGACUUGCACUCAAAAUAACUGGACCCUCAAGACAACAGCACUGAACAUGACCUCAAUUCUGCAGAAGCUGAUCACCCCGCUGUUCAGCGGUCGUCCUGAGCCCCCCAGGAAUAAAGUGACAGUGGUGGGCGUGGGCCAGGUUGGCAUGGCCUGUGCCAUCAGCAUCCUGCUCAGGGAGCUGGCUGAUGAACUGGCCCUGGUGGAUGUGAUGGAGGACAAGCUGAAAGGAGAGAUGAUGGACCUGCAGCACGGCAGCCUCUUCCUCAAAACCCCAAAAAUAGUAGCAGACAAAGACUACUCCGUGACAGCAAACUCCCGUAUUGUGGUGGUGACAGCUGGAGUCCGCCAGCAGGAGGGAGAGAGCAGGCUGAACCUCGUCCAGAGAAACGUUAACAUCUUUAAGCACAUCGUCCCUCAGAUUGUCAGAUACAGCCCCGACUGCACCAUCAUUGUGGUUUCCAACCCAGUUGAUGUUCUGACAUAUGUAACCUGGAAACUGAGCGGCCUUCCCAAGCACCGCGUCAUCGGCAGCGGCACCAACUUGGACUCGGCACGCUUCCGCUUCCUGAUGGCCGACAAACUGGGAAUCCACGCCAGCAGCUUCAACGGCUGGAUCCUGGGAGAACAUGGAGACACCAGUGUGCCUGUGUGGAGCGGAACCAACGUGGCUGGAGUCAACCUGCAGACGUUAAACCCGGACAUCGGCACUGACUGUGAUGAAGAGAACUGGAUGGAAACACACAGGAAGGUGGUGGACAGUGCCUACGAGGUGAUCAAACUGAAGGGUUACACCAACUGGGCCAUCGGUCUGAGUGUAGCUGACCUGACAGAAAGCCUCAUCAGGAACAUGAACAGGAUUCAUCCUGUUUCCACCAUGGUGAAGGGCAUGUAUGGGAUCAGUGACGAGGUGUAUCUGAGUCUGCCCUGCGUGCUGAACAGCGGAGGCGUGGCCAGCGUGGUCAACAUGACCCUGACAGAUGACGAGGUGGCCCAACUGCAGGCCAGUGCCAACACGCUGUGGGACAUCCAGAAGGACCUGCAGGACGUCUAACUGAACAGCAGGGAGCGACGUAGCUGUACCCUCCUGACGUAUUAUCACUCUGCGGUCACUAAACACCACACAGCUCCACCUCCCACACCUCCAACCCACUGCCCUCUGUAGACUCACAGGCGUAUGGGAGUUUAAUCCUGUCAGAUUUAGCUGUAGGUGUCAGUUUGUGACAUCAGCUGAGUGCUCUGAUUCAUUUGUCCUCGGCUGUGUUGCAGAGUGGGACUCACUCAGUCGUGUUGCUGCUUUGGUGUCCAAUAAAGCAAGUUUGUUGUUGCUUGAACA